AUGGCGCCGGCGCCUACCUCCUGGCCUAUGGCUCUGUCCGUCUUGAUACCCUUACCGUUCGACAUCAUCUCCACCGUGCUGCGCUUCUGGAUCCGGUAUAAGAGGAAGGCGUGGGGUCCAGAUGAUUGGGCUAUGCUGGUUAACUUGCCGUUGUGGACGGUGAGCACCGUAGCUACGAUUGCCAUGUCGUUUAGUGGAAUCGGUCAGAAGGAUGCUACGCUGAGCACCUUUCAGUACUCAAAUUCUUUGAGGUGGUUUUACAUCUUCCAAGAGCCGUGGUGCUUCACCCUGGUUGCCAUCAAAGUCAGCAUCGGCUUCGCUCUUAUCAGAAUCGCGAGCGGCAAGAAAUGGAAGAAUUGGACCCCUACAAUGGAAGGUGAAUGCAACGACCGCAACAUCCAAACCGUCCUCUCCUACGCCGUCGCCGUCGUGUCAAUCUCCACAGACUGGAUAUUCGCCACCCUCCCCAUCUUCCUCCUUUGGAACGUGCAACUAGACUGGCGCGUCAAAGGCUCAGUCAUGCUCAUGCUAGGCCUAGGAGUAUUCGCUUCCAUCGCCCCCAUUGUCCGCCUUAAAUAUCUAAUCGGCCUAAACGACAGCACCCGCCUCCUCCAAAAUCUCGGCAACAUCCUCGCCUGGGCAUCCGCAGAGAUGAACGUCGGAAUGUUCGUCGCAAACCUACCCGCCUGCCACCCCCUGCUCAAACACGCAAUCUCCCAGUUCUCCUCCUGGACAGGCGGCAGCGGUUCCCGUAGUCUCUCGUACGGCAAAUCGAAAAAACUCGGUGCCCAGCGCUUGUCGCGGGAUCCGGCGUCGAAGCACUGGGUCGAGCUUGAGGAGCAGCCUGAUGACGGUAGGGGUUGUAACGGCGGAGGAACAAAGGGGUCAAAGGGAUCACCGGGCGUUGAGACGAGGAUUUAUGGCGAGCUGGAUACCACGGUUAGGGGUAGUAUGGAUGGCGGUGAUGAUGGUAGUGGGAGGAUGACGGUUGAGGGGGUGCGGAGGGAUGGAAUGCAUGUUAGUGUGCAUAGAGAGAUUAAGAUGGAGGUUAAUCAUUGGGGCAGGUCCCAGGACACGGUUUGA